AUGCAGCCUGUACAAGAAUCUCAAGAAAGUUCGCCCGAUCGGCCAGGGACUCCGCCGCGCCCACCGUAUUCUCCUGUAACACCGACCUUUGCGCAUCUCGCACCUGUCAUCCCUCCCUCCGCGGCAAACGGGGUAUCGCACCCCAUCGUCCCUCCCGCCGCAUCGCCCUCUCCCACAACGGCAGCGCCGCCCUACAACGGCUUGACGCCGGACUUUGCUCCUCCCCCGCAGGCCCCGCGUGCAGCACCCUUCUUCGCUGCGGAACCCGCUCCGGUGCCCAUCUCCGAAAGCGAGAACCCCGAUGCGAUCGCACUACGCGCUGCUAUCUCGAUCUUGCAGCUCCAGAAGCAGCAGACCCUGCGAGAUAUCCGGACAUUGGAUGAAAUGAAACGAGCGGCGGCGGCGGACCCGGAAGGCUUUGCGCGCGAACUGGCUGCGGGGAAUCUCACGGCGAAGGAUAAGGGCGGGUUUAUCAACUUCAGCCAUGACACUACGCAUGGUGACGAGGAUGAAGAUGAGGAUGAUGAGAUGGAGGAUGAUUCGAAGGAAGGGAAGGCAUCUGGUUUUGGAACGAUUCCCCCUCCCCAAAACGUGGUUCGGAUGCCUCCGAUCAACUGGGCCAAGUAUCAUAUCGUGGGCGAAUCGUUAGAUAAGAUGCACGAGGAACAGCGGCGCCGGCCAUCCGCGGGGGAGCCGCGAAGGGACGGAAGCGUCCAGCGGGCCCCAGAGUAUCUCCUGGCUUCACCGUAUCGACCGUUGACGGAUAAGCUAGACAGCUCGAGCAAGGCCAAGGGGACU